AUGAACGACGGAAGAUUAUCAAGAGAAUACUUUGAUUUGAUUAAGGAUGCACUUCAAGAGGAGGAAAAAACUGGCGGAAGCGGUAGCAGUUCACCUCGUAAGAGACGCAAAUUAAGGUCUUUGCAGAAGGAACCAGAAUUGGAAUCGGAGAGCAAUCGUGUCGUUAUUACCAUCGAAUCGGACGAUGAAGAACAGAAUAACUACGAUGAUGAUGAUGAUGAUGAUGAUGAUGAUGAUGAAUAUGAUAGUGAAGAGUUCGAAGAUGUCACUGAUGCGCCUGCUAACAAUGGAAAUAUAUCAAUUACUAUAGAUACAUCAGCUCAGAAAAAGUCUACGAAGAAGAAGAAGAAAACUGAGCAUGGGUUAGACCCUGCAGUGAAAGAAUUUCGUAAAACAUGUCAUAUGUUCAUGCUACUUACUCUCGUGUGCCACUCAUAUCAGAGGAACGAAUGGUGUAACGACGAGAAGUUGCAGAAAAAGCUUGCUAAACUGGUGUCUGACGAUAUAUUCAAUAAUCUACAUCCCCAAAAGGAUGAUGAGAUGCCAUUAAGAAGUACCCGGAAGUUGCUCGAUGCAUUACGUAUGUUGAUGAAACAUUGGAACAAAAAGUUCAAAUUAGAACUAACUUCACCGUACGAAUUCAAUCAUUUAUAUAUGGUUCAUUGGGAUUCGGUGUUGAAGCACAAGUGUGAAAGUGUCACAUUCAAAACAUUCAAAAAGUUUUUCACAAGGAUGCGUGGACCAGCCAAUAUUAGUGUGCAGGGUUUUGUCACCAUGCUGAGAGGUUGUGGAUUGAACGCAAGACUCAUUCAUAGCCUUCAACCACCCGAUUUCACUGAUAGUAAGAUCUACAAUAAGCGAGUUGUUUGGAGCUUGGAAAAUGAAUGCCUAAAGUAUCCGAUAUUUUGGUGCGAAGUAUGGGAUAAAUUUGCGAAACAAUGGAUCACUAUCGAUAUCGUUGGUCAAGAAAUAAUUGAACAAGUGCGUUAUAAAUCAAAACUAGAACCAAUAGGUCGUAUAAAUUCAGCCUUCAAUAUGAUGCGAUAUGUCAUCGCUUUCGAUAGAAAACAAGGCUGCAAAGAUGUAUCUCGGAGAUACAUAGCACAUUUACAAAAUAAAGUUCGAAAAAAGAGGAUUACAAGAGAAGCUAAACUGAACGAAUGGUUUAACAGCAUUAUAAAGUUUUUGAAUAAACGUAAUAGGAACAGGAUUGAUGAUUAUGAGGAUGAAUAUUUUGAUUUGCGUAAUGAACACGAGGGAAUCCCAGACAGCCUACAAGACAUUAAGAAUCAUCCGUUCUACGUCUUAGAGAAAGAUUUGAGAGCAAACCAGGUAUUGAAACCGGGUGCUCAGCAGUGCGGCUUCCUUCGACUUCGUAAUAAAUCAAACUCCCUUCUCAAAGUUUUUCCAAGGAAAGAUGUAAUAUCUUGUUACAGUGCUAGGCACUGGUACAUGCAAGGAAGAGCAUUGAAGUCGGGUGCCAAGCAUCUUUUGACACACAAAAUAAAGAAUCCUGUCGAAGAAGACGAAGAUGAAGAGAGGCUUUACCCCAUUGGUCAGACUGAGUAUGUUAUUCCUAAGCAAGUGGAUGCUGAUGGUAAAAUCCCUACUAAUUUCUACGGUAAUAUUGACAUUUAUAAACCAUGGAUGAUUCCAAUAGGGUGUUGUCUCGUAGAAAAUCCAAACUCGAUUAAAGCUGCAAGCUUCUUACGUGUUCCAUUUGCAAAAGCAGUGACGGGUUUCAAGUUCGAAUCGGGACGAAGAGUUAAACCUAAGGUCACCGGCGUUGUUGUCGAGAAUGAAUACGUCGACGCAUUGGUUGCUGUAAUAGAAAAUAUCGAAGAAUGUAACGAUGAUGCAGCUAGACAUGAAUUAGAGCUUGAGGCUUUGAACGGCUGGUCACUCCUUCUUACCAAACUCAGGAUCAAAAGUAGAUUGGUUGAAGAACAUGGUGCGGUGGCAGAUGAAGACGGCAGAGAUUACUCUGGUGAAAGAGAUAGCGAUCUAGAAGAUCACGAAUCAUAUACGGGAGAAGACACAGAAAUGGGCGGUUUCGAACAAGGUGGGUUCCUUCUUGAUUCUAAUAUGGAUGGUGGAUUCGUGCCUGAACCAGAAUUACAACAUGCAGAAUCUGAAACAGAACAAGUUGAACAUCCACCUGUGACCUAUGGUGAAGCAACUCUAGACCGCGCUGAACCAAGUAACACGGAGCCAAACGAAAUCGCUGAUGAGUUCGAACAGUUCUUGCAAGAAGUUGGAUCGCAAUCGGAUGACGAUGAUUCAUUUCAAUAUGAAUCAGAAUAA